AUCUUUCCCUGCCUAGAAUUGCCCUCUUGAUCAAGCAAAGUGAUCAGAGCAGAAGGCUCCCUUCUAUUCUGUCAUCUUCUCCUUCUUUAAUUCUGAAGAGAUUUUUCUCUCUUAUGUGGCUACUUUCUCUUCAACCCUCAAUUUCUAUAUCAGUUUAUUUAUAAUUGAUCAUCAUUUGUGAAUGUCUUGGUUUGCUUCUCUUUGGGGUUUCUUUUAAUUUUCAUGAUUACAACUUUCUUUGUUGAUUUUGAUAGAUAUGAGUAACACAAUGAGGCCAAGGAAUAAGUUCAUGUUUCACUUGGUUUAUGACAGAGGUUAAAUUCCAAAAUUUUACACUAUAUAUUACUAGAAAGCAUUCUUUCUUCUUCUUCUUUUUUAUUUUUCCAAAGAAAAAUAAUCGUGUCUAUUAAUCCAUCUUCUUUCUUGAUUUCAUGUUCAUAACUUCAUACAAGUUCAUUUUCUUUUUGUUAUAUACUAAUGAAGAGAGAUGUUGUGUGUGGUUUUUGAGCUCAACAUCCAUAUACAUACAUAAUCAUAAUUAGUUAGCUUCUGUUCCAAAUAUAUAUAUACAUAUAUAUAAUCAAUGGAUUUUACUAGAGAGAAAAGAAAGAAAGGAAAUCUGAUCAUCAAGACAUGGGAGAGAUGCAAAUCACUCGGCCGUGGCAGCAAGAGAACAUCACGGCUAGUUGGUAGUCUAAUAACUAAGAGCAAAUCACUUCCGCACCUCCAUAUCCACCCUUCAAUUGGAGAUGAUGAUCAGAGAAGCAGCAGCAGCAGUUCAAGGAAACGCAGGGUAGCUCCUGAAGGAUGUUUUUCAGUGUAUGUUGGACCAGAGAAACAAAGAUUCGUGAUCAAGACAGAAUACGCAAAUCAUCCACUUUUCAAAGUUCUACUUGAAGAAGCUGAAUCAGAAUACGGGUAUAAUCCUGAAGGCCCUCUUGCACUUCCAUGCAACGUGGAUAUCUUCUGCAAAGUUCUUGUGGCUAUGGAUUCCAGUGACGACGAAGCUAUUCAUCCUCAUCGACGACAAGGUUGUGGCUUUUCCAAGAAUUAUGGGUCUUAUCGCCUUCUCAGCCCGUCGAGAACGACCGCUUUAAAUCACUUUUAGUUUGACAUCAGAUGCUGAACCAAUCCCAGUUCAUGCCUGCUCUCUUUUGCUCUUAAUAAUUUCAAGUGCGGCACUUUAAUGUCUCCGAAUUCCAUAUCCCUUUUCCAAUCAAUGUCCAAAAAAGCAAAAGGUUCUGUCUUUAUUUUUGUACUUUAGCUACAACUUGUCAAGUAUGUGUGAUGAAAUCAUAGUAUGUAAGAAAACUACAUUGUAAUAUAUGAACUCUGUGUUUUAUA